GAAAAACUGACAACUAGUAAGGCGCAUAGGAGAAGGAAAAUACAGGAAGUAGUGUGACGCAUGUCCUGUACAAGUGCAUGGCGGAGUCUGAGUGGAUGCACAGAAGCAAUAAGGCCAUGGCUCACGGAUUUAGAAGCAGCAAGCAAGACUUCGCUUUCGGACCGUGGAAGAUCACUGCAGCGAAAACACACAUAAUGAAAUCAAAAGACAUUGAACGUUUAGCUGAGGAGAUGCAUAUGCCUGCUCUUCCGGAGAUGCUUUUCGGGGAUAACGUCUUACGCAUUCAGCAUUCGGACGGUUUUGGCAUAGAGUUCAACGCCAUCGAUGCCCUCAAGCGCGUAAAUAAUCUGCAAGACUCCGUUAAAGUUGCCUGUGCCCAGGAAUGGCAGGAGAGCAGAGCGGAUUCCGAACACUCCAAGGAAGUGGUGAAACGCUAUGACUGGACAUACACCACCGAUUAUAGAGGUACUCUGGUAGGAGAAGAUAUGAGGAUUACACCAACAACCGAGCGCAUAGACUUGGAAAAGCUGAAGGCGCGAGAACAGAUAGUUUUCUUCGAGGACGUUCUCCUGUUCGAGGACGAGCUGCACGACCACGGCGUGUCAAUGAUCAGUGCAAAGAUACGAGUGAUGCCUACAAGCUUUUUCCUGUUGCUACGGUUCUUCCUGCGCGUUGACGGUGUUCUCAUUCGCAUCCAUGACACUAGACUUUAUCACGAAGCCGGAAAGAACUUCAUGAUAAGGGAGUUCAGUGCACGAGAGAGCAAAGUCUCAGAACUGAAGCAUGUUCCACCAGCCCUGUACACAGACCCCAACGAGGUUGCCCAGUACCUGCCUCUACGCUUGACAGAGUGUGAGAAACUGGACUUUCCGGUGAAAGAAUGAGUUGGAUUGACAGCUAUGUAAACCAGCUCUGAGGGGAAUGAUUUGUAAUGUGCAGUGUCUUUUCAGAUGUAUUGAACAGACGGGCAUGGGCCUACACCACAGCACUCAAAACUUGUGACACUUAUUCUUUAUUUGAAUUUAAAUGUCGGUGCGUUUGAAUAAUAAAUUGGCCAUGUUGUAUGUAAACACUUUGUUUGCUGGCCUGCUAUGAUGGUAAACUCUGUAACCAAGGACUAAGCUAGUUUCUUGUUUUUGAACCCAAGUGAGGUUCUGUUCUUUUAAUGGCAUUUGGUUAAUUGCAUAUUUGCACAGAAUAUCCAGUGCAUGAAAACACCUAACCAUUACAGGCAAGAGCAUGCAGAACUAUUUGCUUUUUACUGUACUUUCUGGACUAAUUGAGUUGACAUGUGAUUGGUUUAUUAAGGAUUUUUGUAAAUAUGACUUCUGGAGGAAUUGUCUCCUUUCCGAUUCUACUGCCCAAAUAGCUCUGAUGAUUUGAAUAAUUAAGGUACCAUACUGAUUAAAGAAGGCUUUAUUAUGCAACACA